AUGCAACCCGCCAAUCGUUUGGGUGGAGUCCCACCGAUCACGGCGUUCCUGGCUCUGCCAGCCAGCACACCGUUGCGCGCUCUCUUCCACCCGCUUCAAAAGGAACAGGCGACGGUGGACUGGCUGGCAAAGAGCCAGAAGAAUCACCUGCAAGCGGUGGCCUCCGCCCUCGAUUGGAUGCACAAGGACUGUGUGGCGAUUGCGGCGGCGAAGCGUGACAGGAAGCGCAAGCAGCGCGAAAACAAACAAGGCGUCCUGUCGGACCACAUUAUGGAAGUCCAGCAGCUGGUGCCCCCACAUGGCAUCAGCUUCCAUCAUGCCAGUCGACUCAAGCUGUACUCUGAAGCGGGUCGCGACGUCGCCGAGGAUCUCCUCGAGCAGGUCGCCUUCGGAGACAGCGGAUUCCACGUGGAGACCCUCAAGGAGAUCCGCGACAACGCCGGCCGCUUCGAAGUACUGAUCAAGUGGCUCGGCCUGGAUGACGCCGAAGCCUCGUGGGAGCCCGCAACACAGCGGUAUGAAGACAUCCCAGUAGUAUUUCGCCGCUGGGCGAAGGCGAACCCCAAGAUGAAAACGAUGUCGGCGUUGGUUGUCGAUAUUGAGCAAGCGGUGGGGCAUUCUCUCUAG